UUAAAACCUUCACUCGAGCUUUCUCUCAGAAACAACUAUUACCGAUCAAGAACAAACCGUUAGCAAAUCAAUAUUCAUCUAAAGAAAUUCAUCAUGGGUAAAAAUACUACAAAGUUGGUGUUUUUCAUUUUCGUACUCUGUAUUCUUGUAUGCUUGCUCUUCAACAACCAUAACCAUGUUCCAAAGAUCAAGAAAGGUUCAACAGCAUCAGCACUUCACUCAAAUGGGAGUUAUUCAUCACGGGAGUUAUUCGAUUCAGUGUUCUUUACAAUGGAGGACCAAAAAGAUUGGUUUAACAAUUCUUGCGGUCUGACACCCAUGCUUCCGAUUAGACGACCACACUGCUUUUGCUAUUGUUUCUCUGGGGAUGAAUCUGCUCCCAGGCAUCUUAUACCAUCUUGGCAAUUUCACUCCAGUAGUGUUUUGACUGAAAGAGGUGCUCACAGUAUUGAAUCGAAAAGCCUCAGAAACAGAAAUUGUCUCUACAAUUUUGGUGACAGUCAAACAUCACGGUCACCAGAAUCUGUAUCACCUUCACUUCUUAUUGGCAUAAUAGGAGUUUGUUUGGCUUACUUGGUUUACUGUUUCCCUGGAGAACCCGCUGAACUAAUUGAGGCUCCUCUAGAUGGCCAACAUGGAGAGGGAGGACAAGUACAGGCUCAUCCAGAUGACCAACAUGAAGAAUCUGGUGGACAAAUUCAAGUUGGUCAACCGAAAUCGCCCGAGUAUAGAAGAAUGGUAAGAUCUUUCCUCGACCAUCUGCCUGCUAAUCAGAUUGUGAAAAUUUUCUGUCUAGGCUAUCCUGGUGGAAUACCAAUAUACGAGGGCACAGUUAAUUGCCGCAUUCCUGAUGUAGGAUUAUGCAAUAUUUAUCUGGAAAUGCAUUGGUAUUUGCGUUAUGCAGUCAAUCCCAUUGGUGCAUGUGGUUCUAUAGAACGUCUAGUAGCACAAGGUCGAAGUGGAUACCCUUGGAUUGGAAUGUUGUCCAUAUAUUACUCAGAUGGAGACGCAUUACAUACUAAACCUCCAUCUCUGAAUUUAUUUGGCAAGGUGCGCUACAUUUUGAUAACUGAACCCCGUGAGAAUGCAAAUCGCUCAUUCCAGUCGAUCAUUGAGCAACCAUAGGUGUUUUCCUUGUUUAGAAGACAAAUAUGUUGUUUUGGUAAUAGAAUGAUCUAUAACAAUCAGUGACUUUCUGAACUAGUAAAAAAAUUUUAAAUAUAAAACCAAUUAUAGAUUUUCUAGCUUUCAGGUACUCUAUAAUGCAGUUCAAGUUAUG